AGGUCUUGAAGUGAGCAUGGUGGAAGGCUCGCACUUCGCCGCUGCCGCCCCAACCGCCUGCUCGGCAGGCCUUCGCCGUUGAUUACCAGCAGGAGCUUCGCGCGGUGGGCGAUGCGGAGGCAUCGGCGCUAUGGAUCGUCUCUCAGUGAGGAUACUGCUGCCGAUGUUGAUCGCCGAUGUCCUUUGCGGUACUCUGGCUGUGCUAGCGAGUACUCCCAUCGUACCGUCAACGCUGCCGCCUUUUGCGACGGGCGCGAAGUGGCCGGUGAACGGCACCACGGUGACGGAAGCAGCAUCACGGCAGCAGAAAGGCGCCACAACGUCGGUCAACGUCGUCAACGUCACGUCGCCUGACGCCAACGCGACGUCGAUACCAGAGGAGAGCGAACGCGUUCUCAAGCACCUGAUGCGUCUGAUGGACACGCUAAAUCACGUGCCGUACCUGGAGGCGCUCUCUCGCGGUCCUUCACACGGCAAGGACGGGAUACCGGUCAUUAAGGAGGCCGUCAAAGAGCUCAGAGUGGGAGAGCACGACAACGCCACGUUGAGCGUCACGCUGUACGAGUCGCCGCAGGAGGGCGGGGAGGCUCUGCCAACAAUGCAGAAGGAAUUCAUAUUUGUGCAUCCACCGACCAACGCGUCUCAAGAUUUGGCUCCGGCAGCGGGAAGCCUGCACGGACACGUCUCACCACACAUAGGGCAACACAGCGCUGGAGGCCUCGAGAGCCAGGGCUACCGUUACGGCCAGUGGGCCACCGGUGGCCAGAGCCAGCAGCACGAGCAGCACGGUCGCCAGCGCGAGGGCGGCGCACACCGCCACCUGGAAGACGCCCGGGCCAGGGUGCACAAGGAGCGAGGCCACGACAAGGGCGGUCAGGCCGAGCGCAAGUACAGGGUCCGAACCGAGAUCGAGUACUUCGAGAGGGAGAAAUUCAAGGACGACGAGCACCACAAGCUGAAGGCGGCCCACCGGAGCAAAACGAGCACCGACGCCAUCAAGGGCGCCGACAGGUUCGCAUCGCAAGGGCACCAGAGCCACCAGAGGCAUCUCGGUGGUGGCUACGCACAGGGAACCCACCACGCCGUGGGCGCUGGGUACGCACCCGUAUACGUUCAUGGUGCACCAGCUACUGGCGGCAGCAAGGGAAUAGACGGUGGCAGCAGGGGGUUCUCCCAGAAGGACGCGCAGAACCACGAGGAGUACCACCACGAGGCUGGAUCGCAGGGUUUCACCGACAAGGACAAAGGCCACCAGCGUGCCGGAUGGAGGGAGCGUGGCUACCGCAUCAUCGCGGAGAAAGAGUACGUCGACAAAGACAAACAUCACGACAAAGCCUACGGUGUCGACAACCAGGAGCAAGGGCAUCGACUCAAGUCCCAGGGGCAGCACGGUCACAAGCAGGGACACGACGACAUAAAGAAGGCAAAGGAACACUACAGUCGUGGCGUGCACGACUCGGCGCACCACGAAAAGGCUCACAAGAACAGCAGGGAUACCUACGCAAAUAUUUACCAAAUAGAUGGCUCCGCAGUGCAUGCCGUGGGCCCACGUGACCACCUCUCAAGUUCCACAGACAAAGUAGCCGAACUCGAAGCUGGAAAUGCAACUAAGCCUCCCGACGAUGAAACCAGACGAAAGAAAAUCAUUCGAAUUCGAGUUCUAAGCAAGACGCCUGGCGUCGCUUCGGUCAGGAUCGGGGGACAAGCCGUGAACGUGGCACCUGGAACCGCGGGUAAAUAUGAAGGUCCGGAAGGCGACGUCGUGGAGCCUUCGGGACAGGUCUCGCCGCCCGGAGGCUUUUCCGAAAUAGACAACUCUGGUCGUAGCGCUCAGAGUGUCGCAGGCGGCAUGUCCACAGAUUCGGAAGCAACGCCAAAGAAGCACUUCAUUCCCAUGGAAGUGCUGGCAAGCCUCUACACGAACGUGCGAGGUGCCAAACCAUUAGCCGUCACAGGAGAGGAGCCGAACGUGAACAACCAGCAUUAUUACGUCGGUGAAAUUCAUCACCCGGCUGUACAUAAUCCGGGUUCCGUCAACAGCCGUGCGCUGUACAAUGAAAAGUCUUUCCAGGCCGUCGCCGCAAAUCCUGGGUUACAAGAUGAAAACGGGGAUCACAGGAAUUCACAUUAUGGAACAGAAACAUACCGCCCUCCUUCGAACGUUUACAUUGCCGGACCUCCGGCACAUCGUCCACCGAGUGCUGAAACAGGAGGGCGAACUCACUACGCGCAUCAAAAAUAUAUUCCCGGACCUCCAUCUAGAUUGACGGCCCCAAAUCAAGGAAGUUACCAAGCUCAAACAAACGUUGGCACGGUCGAAGGGACGGGCGGGCGCUACUUCGAGCCUAACUCAGAAAUAGCGGUCAAUGCAGGAUCGCCUCACACUGCAACUUCUGUAGAUCAGGAUGGCAAGAGCUUGCCGCUUAACAAGGACGAAGACCCAACGAAUUCUUACAGGAACACAGGCGUGCUAAGCGUAGACCAGGUUCCCGCGGCACUUGCGGUUCUCAGUCCGUCUCAAAAUACCCGUGCGGCCGGAUACUCCCAACAUCCAAGUAACGCUCCGGCCCCUUUCGGGCUCCGGCAGCAGCCUCAUGUGCCACUUGUGAGAGCUCACGAUCACAGAUAUCCCAGCGAAGUCGCCUCGCGCCCAGACAUUCCUUACACCAAUCCUUACAGCGCCGACACGGCUGUUGUCAUUCCAAGUCGAGAUGUUGGAGCAGUCCCAGACGUUCAGGUAUCCGCUUACCCAGUGUACGUCGAAGGGGCGGCUAUCCAGCCAGAAAUUUACAGAACACCAUUAGAAAAACCUGGAGUUCAAGGCAGCUACUCGCCUAGUGUGGCCACUGGCGUAAGCGGUUAUCACGGGGUGUAUAACCCCGAUGUGGAUCAUUAUGUCCAUGUCUACCCGGGCGUGCAGGAGGCGUCGCAGAUAGUACCGGUGGGGCAAGAGAAAGACGGGAGAUCAAAGCACCUUUUUAAGACGUUCGAGGACAAAAAUAUAAGCGAUUCACCUACAUCGCUGGCAUCAGCAAAUGGUGAAAGUGGCAGCGACAAGCAACUUAACGACGCCAGUGCGAGGAAUGUGGAGGAAAUAGACGUCGCCGGCAAGCUGUCAACCUGCCAAGAAGAAAACUGCACACUACCCAUAGAAAAAUCUCGUUUGAGCCAGUUAGCCCUCGCGAAGGCGAGGGAUGUCAUCAGGCACUUCGACAAAAUGAAGAACCCGUUCAGAGACUGCAAAAACGGAGCUUGUAGUCAGGGUCGAAAAUGCAGGGGCAAGGAGCUGGCAAGCGGCAUGUGUUCGUCGAAGAAGGAAAGCUCGAUGGCGUCGCCUGUGAACGGGUUCGACAAUACCGGGAAGGAGAGCAGGGAUUACGGACGUUCGAAGGGCAGUUCCGACGAGGAGUUGAAUUCUGAGGCGACGGAGGAAAGUGGCGAGCGUAGGGAAGGUCAAAACGACGCGGUAUCAAAGCCGAGUACCAUGGAAGAGCAAGCGAUGAUGACUGCCAACGCUCAACUAAAGGCUGCUCGGCCGACUCUUGAAGGCAUGGGGUACAUACUGGACGUAGAGACACGGACCAAGAAAACCGUGUAUCCCAACAAGAUGAUCAAGAUCGUCAAGAAAAAUUACUUCAGCCAACCGCUGCGUCUGAGUUCCGGGCGAAAUGUUCAAGACGAUGGCCUGUGGCAUGCCAAGACGUCGGCGAGUUGACAACCAGCAGGUUGGAAUGGAUUUUGACUACGCCUGCCUGACUGAAGUGGUCUACAUAGAGGUUUAGAGUGGUGUAAAUAUCUCGUUCCUGAUGCAGUUACGUUUAUAAAAAAUACAAUAUUGCCAUCGAUGUCAUGACUGUUGAAAACUGCAGUAGAAAAAAAAAGAGCAAAUAAAGAAAACUAAAGGACCUACUUUGCGGAUCAAAUUAUAUAACGAAGGUACACCUCAUGUUUACUGGCGUCCACAAUGUUGCACCGGCUUACUGCGUUUUGACAACUACAAACGUACGUACGUAUUUUGACUGGUUCAGGCCGGUAUUGCUGGGU